AAAACAACAAAAUAUAAGCCAUGAGUUUUUGAAGCUAGGUUUGAUACCUGUCUGUAUUUUCGAAAGCGAAAUCUACUCAUUUCUAAUAUAGUCUAUGGGCUGUUCAAAGAGUUUACGAAGAGUAAUCACAAAUGUCCAUACGUCGAAAACUUAAACAUCUCAUAUUUGUAUUAAAGUGUCCACAGAUUGUCAAAGAUUUUUAUGUACGGUCCAACGGAGGAUUAUUUAUUGACGAUUAAGUGGUACUGCGAUAAGAAGCCACAAUUAUAUACGAACAUUAGUUUCACAUUCGUGGAGGAUCCACUGAAGUGAAUUUAGACCAAGAAUGGAUUGUGCAGAAGAUCGGAUAUUUCUAUAAUUCUAGUUUUAAAUCAGUGUUUAAAGUAAUUAAAGCAAUUAAACUCAUUCAAGCGGAAAUGGACAUAGCAUAAAAUAGCACGUUGAUGUCAUUCCAAAGUUAUUAUUCCCCCAAGGCAGGAACGAUGCGUUUUCAGCUGAUUAUCUGUGCUGUCAUAGGAUUAUUCCUAGCAUUCCGCAUCACUAUUAACGAUGCUGUCAUCUUCAAGUUUACGAAUGCCGUGUGUGAAAGUUACAACCAAUCCUGGUUCGUGUUCCACAACUGUCGUCUGAAGGCUGUCAGUCGAAGCAAAGUGUUCUUCAAUAUGAAUGGAACGAUAUUACAUCCGGCCAACGAUAUUAAAAUUCAUAUGCGGAUUUUUAAAAAGGCAAAUGGCUACAAGCCAUGGCUUUUCGAUGUAACAUGUGAUGCCUGUCUGCAUUUGCGAAAGCGAAAUACCCCCUUCCUAUCGAUAGUCUAUGGGCUCUUCAAACCAUAUACUAACAUUAAUCACACAUGCCCCUACGUGGGUCCACAGAUUAUUACAGACUUUUAUCUAAGACCCGAGCUACUGCGCCUUCCCUUUCCAACGGGGGAUUAUAUGUUGUCGAUGCGGUGGAUCUUCGAUAAGAAGCUCCAGUUUGAUACGAACAUUAGUUUUACGUACGUAGAGGAUCUAAUCAAGAGCAAAUAGUUGGAGUUACAUGCAGACGAUUCCUGAAAACCAACAGAUC